AUGUCUGUUGAAAAUAACUCUAAAAUGUCAUACAAAAAGUCGGAACAUGAAAAUAACUCAAGAGAUUAAUUUUAGAAUGAAAAUCAUGAUUAUUAGACUGAAAACAGAACUAAAGAAUCGUACAAUCCGAGAGAAGUAUAUAAUUUAAGAGUAAGAGCAAAAAGAGAACUGGAGGAGUUAUAAAUGUAGCCUCUGCCAUACUCAUCUAAUUAUUAUGAAGAUUUGACAAGAGAAAAAGAAUUUAUUAGAAAUGCUUUUGAAGCUAAUAAUUAUACAUUGAUAAGAGAUUUACCAAAUAAUUUACACCAUAAAAUAAUUUUAGAAGCAAAGAAAGAUAGAGUUGAGAAGAUAAAAGAAUAAGUGAACAGUUCUUCCUUCAAUAAUAAGUAAUAAAACUAAUCAAAGGUCGUCAAAUUAAUUGGAGGUGGGUAUUUUACUCCAUUUAUUUAUAAUGAUGAUGAAUAUGAAUUUGCUAAGGAAGUUGCUAAGUUUGAUAAAUUAAAGUCUCUUGCAAAACGUUUAGAAAUAUCUGAAAAGGAUUUUUUACCAAGCGACUAACAAGUAAAAAUGAAAUAUGAAGAUCCCUUUCACAAUAAGUUUGGUAAUAAGCCAUAGCAAUACAUAUUUCCUUCUUAUGUCCCUGAAGACACAUAUGAUGUUCUUUCAGAAAGUCGAACCAGAUAACGUUUGAUAAAUGCAGCUAAAAACAUAGCAGGUGAAUUCUACCCUAGUUAAAAAGACAAAACACUUUAAAAAGUUAAUAAACUAAAUUUAGAAGAUGUAGUUAAUGAAUUAAGAUUUAUUUUAGAAACAGAUUGGCCAGACUCUAAAUUCUUUUUGUAUGUAACAAAUUAAGACAUUAUUGAAGUUGUAUUCUCAAUGGAUUCUAAUUCAGAAAACGAUGAUCCUGUUGUAAUUUCUGUAUAUAUGAAUAGUCUAAUAAAUGACGAAAGACUUACACCUUAUCAGCUAUCUAAAAUGGUUUCUGAUUGGAGUAAAAUGAAUACAGUUAAAAAUACAAUAUCAUUUUGUUUCAAACCUCCUUGGAUUAAACAAACAAAUACUUCUGAAUUUUCAAAAUUACAUCCUGAACUUAUACCUAACUAUAAAAAGUCUUAAUCCUCCUCAUUACAAAAAUGA